CAAAAUUGACACCAUCAUUUUUGCAGGGGCAAUAGGUCUUCCAAACCCAAUCCUCGAUUGGCUAGAGUGCUGGACAUUCUUUUCAUAUUACAUGCAGAACAUGAAAUGAACUGUUCAGCAGCUGCUGCUAGGCAUCUUGCGUCAGGUGGAGUUUAUGUAUACACAGCUCUUGCUGGAGCAGUUGGAGCACUCUAUGGUCCUCUCCAUGGUGGAGCAAAUGAGGUUGCUGUUGCUUUGGAGAAGGCUGCAUUAUCUGAUGAGUACUUUAUUAAGAGGAAGCUCUAUCCGAAUUGUUGUUGGGAUGCACAAAAUUUAUGUUCAAUAAUUUAAUAAUAAGCACAAUUCAUCAAA